GAACCAGAACACAUCUGUGGUGAGCUUCUUCUCUUCACUGAAGUCUGUGAGGCUCAUCAUUACAUUCUCCCCUCUAGGAUGGAGAGAGUCAUGCAUGUGACUGUGGUAACUGCUGUCCUGCUGUCGGUGGGCAUCCUGAACGCCGUCUCAGCCCAGUCUCACAAUAUAGAACUACAGUCAGUAUGUGAUGAUUUCAGUCGUGUUUCUUGUGGUGACGGAUGGACCCACAUUGAUGCCACACGCUGUGUUAAAUACUUCCAAACUCCAAAAUCCUUCGAUGACGCAGAGGAAUACUGCAACACCACCGGCGGUGCAAUAGUGACAUUCCAUAGUCCAACACAGAUGAUGCGCGCCACUUGUGUCACUUUACAUGACAACCCUGAACCUGAAUUAUUUUGGAUUGGAGUCAUAAGAUCCGGGGAGGGGUUCACAUACACUGAUGGAUCUGAGUUCAAGAAUAGUAACUGGUACCCUGGUCAGCCAGACAACGCUGGUGGACAAGAGAACUGUGUUGAGAUGAACUACAAAGACUGGGGACUCUGGAAUGAUGCCAACUGUGCAGAGAAGAAUAAUUUCAUGUGCAUCAAGACGAUGUAAAAUCAGUGUAGACAUCAACAGCUGAGCUGCUGCUGGUGGACCAGUCUGUUUCAUGAUAACCUGCAAAAAACAAGCUUCUUAACUUUACUGCAAUAAACGUCCAGGGUCUUGUUAAAUGUG